AGCAAAUAAUUUGUACCUGCACCUAUGAAUACACUUCUCAGGUUCCUUGUGUUCCUGGCAGUAUUGUAUUGCGUCUGCGUCACACAGGUACUCUAUGGAAUUAUCAUCAAGUUUGGAAGUUCCUUCUAAAGGCAACCUUAGAUUUAUUAUAAAGAACGGAAGGAAGAGGUCGUUGUAUCCCGACAAGCAAAAUAUGUGGUCAACUUCAUUGCCUGGAAAUGGGCGACUUUACACCGAGCUUGACUCGGAAGGCCGCAUGUUCAGCCGAGCUAAGACUCCUUACGAGUGCCAGCUCGAGGACGACGUCGAGCAGCUGCAGGAGGCUCUUUUCACGAUUUCUUCCCACUAUGCCAAAAUUCAGUUUCGGCUCCGCCAGAUAGCCUCGGCUUCGUCCGGUAAGAGGGACAGCCUGCUCAAAGAUCUAGAACGCCUAAUAGCCCAGGGAUUGGAUGGAACUGACCACAGGCAGGACGACGAGCUAUCGGGCAUGCGAUGCAACUCAUCCUUCCCAGGCAACGUCCGGGCUAAGCAAAACAAGAUACUCUGUCAACUGCGAGGGCGUCUCGAGGACUUGGUUGGAGCAAAUGGAGUUUGUUUCCAGGCGGACUGUUGUGAAGCUGGCAGAAAUAAAUCUGACCAUUGUCACAAAGCCAAAAACGACGUUUGGCGAAGCCAUGAAUGCUUUUGCAAGGUAGAUAAGGAGAGCAAGCCUAGCGGUCGAAAUAUGCAAGAAUCCGGUUAUAAAAUGGAAUACGGGACACCUAAUAUAAAGUUUUUGCGCUCGAACUCCAAGGCUUAUGCAAACGUUUGCCGGAAAAGAAAAGGAAAGAGAGGAGGAAAAUAUCUUGGAGAUGGGCACUACUCUGAUAGAACCACAUCCAAGAUGUUAGAAAAAGAUCAGAACAUGUAACAUAAAUAGAAUUCCAGGCAGGCGCAAGCAACUGCAAAUCCGACGGCAUGGCCAAGGUCCAAGCCAAAACACUUUCAUUGUCUCUUCUAGUAGAUAAAAUGCAAGUAGACACAAAAGAAAUGGGAAAACGGCCACAAACGAAAUUCUGCGAGUUGUUUUGAUCGUUCCAUCUACAUAGGUAUUGACUAUAAAAUGUAAAAGCUGUGUUUAUAUUAUACGGUCAGUGUAAUUUAUAAUUUAUAAUAAUGAUGCAAUAAUUUAUAAAUAAACCACCAAUAUAUUUG